AGCGUCUCUCCUCGCAUUGCGCAACUGUCACAUUCACAAGCGACAACCUUCAGAAGCACGGUUGCAAUAUUACCGCUCUGUUCCGCCUCCAUUAUUUGUUGCAUUUGAAAGCGUUUGUGUGCAGACCGCGCGAGAUGGCCGCGUAUAAGCUGGUGCUGAUCCGCCACGGCGAGAGCUGCUGGAACCAGGAGAACCGAUUCUGCGGCUGGUUCGAUGCCGAUCUGAGCGAAACCGGAGUCCAGGAGGCCAAGAGGGGCGGACAGGCCCUGAAAGAGGCGGGUUAUGAGUUUGACAUAUGCUACACAUCUGUGCUGAAGCGUGCCAUCAGGACCCUCUGGCUGGUGCUGGACAGCAUCGAUCAGAUGUGGCUGCCCGUGCAUCGCACCUGGCGUCUGAACGAGCGCCACUACGGCGGCCUCACGGGCCUCAACAAAGCCGAGACGGCAGCCAAACAUGGCGAGGCUCAGGUGAAGAUCUGGAGGCGCUCCUAUGACAUCCCACCUCCUUCCAUGGAUCCAGACCAUGACUUCUACACCGCCAUCAGCAAGGACCGCCGCUAUGCUGACUUGACGGAGGACCAGCUUCCCUCGUGUGAGAGCCUGAAAGACACUAUCGCUCGUGCGCUGCCUUUCUGGAAUGAAGAAAUUGUUCCUCAAAUCAAGGAGGGCAAGAGAGUUCUUAUCGCUGCCCACGGCAACAGCCUGCGAGGCAUCGUCAAACACCUGGAGGGUAUGUCAGAGGAAGCGAUUAUGGAGCUGAACUUGCCCACAGGAAUCCCCAUCCUCUAUGAACUGGACAAGAACCUGAAGCCCAUUAAGCCCAUGCAGUUCCUGGGAGAUGAAGAGACCGUCCGCAAAGCCAUGGAAGCCGUCGCUGCUCAGGGCAAAGCCAAGAAGUAGACGGAGACAUUGUGCAUAGAUGGUCUCUUUUUUUUUUUUUUUCCCACAAGUCUCCUUAAAAAUGCAAUUUGUGUUGUACCAUGAACCUAGAACCAAACCAGUGACCAAUCAUUUAUUUGUUAAUACUCCUGAGUACCGGGACCAUUUUAAGGGGAUAUUUCACCCAAAAAUGAAAUUCUUCCUCAUGUCAGCACAAACCCUUCGUUCUUCUAUGGAACACAUGAGACAUUUUGAUCAAUGCUGAGAUGCUGCUCUUUACCAUACAAUGAAAGUGAACGGUGACUGAGGUUGAAAGUUCCUAACAUCUCCUUUUGUGUUCUGCAGAAAUACGAAUGUUAUACAGGUUUGGAACAGCAUGAGGAUCAGAUUGUUGGGUGAAAUUUCCCUUUAAUGAAAGUAAAAAAAAAUAAAAAAAAAUUUUCCCCAGAAAAAAAAUACUUACAGACUUCACUGUCACUUUAACUGCUUGAAUAUGUAAAUAAUACAUGAAACUGAGCCAGAUUCACAUAUUUGAACUUUAUUUAGUCUCUGUGCUGAAAAUAAACAACCUCACAUUUCAAAUUAGGGCACUUGUGUUUAAUUUGUAAUGGUAUUGCUUUGACAACAGUAUCCAGGCAAUAGUUUAUUAGUGAUUGGGAGGGCAUCUGAAAUUGUGCAUUUUACUGAUGCCCUAUAUCUCUAGUUGCCCAUAGAAAUGCUAUGUAUAUUCUGUGCUUUUAAAGGCACUGAGAAGAAAUUCUAUAAAACGGUUUGCAUUCAGGAUGUUCGUUAUUCAAGAGUCGAGAUGUGAGUUUGAUUGGUGAUCAGAAUCAGAUCAUAUUCCAAUGAGAUUUUUGGAGAUGUUUGUGAAGCGAGAUGGGGUUUUUUGUCCUGUGUGUGUGUGGUAAAUGUCACUGUAAUCCUGCUGUAGUCUGUGUCAUAUUCACUGUAUUUUAGCCCAAGUUUUGACGUCUUCCACAAACAGUCACCCCUAUUGAAUGUGAAAUGAUAUUUGAAUGUUUUGCUCCAGAAAAUGGUAUUUUCGCGUAUCGUCUGUUCCUUCGCAUAGUAAUUUGGACUGAAAAUGUUGAGAUUAUUUUUGCUUGACUGAAAGAUGCUGUUCUGUGUACACUUAAGCGAGUUUAAUGUGCAAUCCCUAAUAAAUGUUGGUUAACUUAAGCAGAAA